ACCCCAACAUGCUUCAGGCUUUGAGUGGAGAGGACACAGCCUCUGCUGGGACAGGGAACAGAGGGAUGUGGAGUCCCUGAAGAUGCUUUUGGACAAUGGUCUGAGGUUGGGACAGUGGCAGGAGAUACCAUUCACCCAGGAUCUCUAGGACAAGAGAUCAGCCUGGCAGUUACAUGUGUUUUUCUUCAAACUGGUUGCCAGGUUGGCAUGAACGAUGACAUCAGAGAUUCCGACCUUCCUGAUUGGAGGGACCGGACGGACUCCGUGGGUGCCUGGAGAUCAGUUGGACAACAGUAUCUUCUCAGAGCUGUUCUCCACUCCUGACUUCUCCUAGGCUUGAGAAUUGAUAACAUACUCUUCUGGAUUCUAGCAGUGUCCAGAAGAAGGCCAUGGACAGAACAGAGACUAGGUUCCGUAAGAGGGGACAGAUUACGGGAAAGAUCACGACCAGCCAUCAACCGCACCCCCAGGAUGAGCAGAGCCCCCAGCGGACCACUUUGGGGUACCCCCUCCAGGAGGUGGUAGAUGAUGAAGUGUUGGGACCAUCAGCCCCUGGGGUAGAUCCCAGCCCCCCAUGUGGGUCCCUUGGCUGGAAAAGGAAGAAGGAGUGGUCAGAUGAAUCUGAGGAGGAGCCGGAGAAGGAGCUCGCCCCUGAGCCUGAGGAGACCUGGGUAGUGGAGACGCUGUGUGGGCUCAAGAUGAAGCUGAAGAAACAGCGAGUGUCACCCAUCCUCCCUGAGCACCACAAGGACUUCAACAGUCAGCUUGCCCCUGGGGUAGAUCCCAGCCCCCCGCGUAGCUCCUUUUGCUGGAAAAGGAAGAUGGAGUGGUGGGAUGAAUCUGAGGAGUCAUUGGAGGAGGAGCCACGGAAGGUGCUCGCCCCUGAGCCUGAGGAGAUCUGGGUGGCGGAGAUGCUGUGUGGCCUCAAGAUGAAGCUGAAGCGACGGCGAGUGUCGCUCGUGCUCCCUGAGCACCACGAGGCCUUCAACAGGCUGCUUGAGGAUCCUGUCAUUAAAAGAUUCCUGGCCUGGGACAAAGAUCUGAGGGUGUCAGACAAGUAUCUCCUGGCUAUGGUCAUAGCGUAUUUCAGCCGGGCCGGCCUCCCCUCCUGGCAAUACCAACGCAUUCAUUUCUUCCUGGCUCUCUACCUGGCCAAUGACAUGGAGGAGGAUGACCAGGACUCCAAACAAAACAUCUUCUACUUCCUGUAUGGGAAGACCCGCUCCCGCAUACCCUUGUUCCAUAAGAGUCGGUUCCAGUUAUGCCGUCGCAUGAACCCGAGGGCCAGGAAUAACCGCUCUCAGAUAGCCCUGUUCCAGAAACUUCGGUUCCAGUUCUUCUGUUCCAUGAGCGGCAGGGCUUGGGUUUCCCCGGAGGAGUUGGAGGAGAUCCAGGCUUAUGACCCAGAGCACUGGGUGUGGGCGCGAGAUCGCGCUCACCUUUCCUAGAGCUCCAGGGACCGUGGAGGCCUGAGGUCAUCGGCCUGAGAGAAGAACACCGGACCCAGGGGAGAUGUGGAUUUUCAGCAGGAACUUUAUUCCAAUGCUAAUGGCAGACACCAGGAAGAAGGAGAGGAACCAUUUUUGCAGAUCAUCUAGAAGAACCUGGAC